AUGGACGCGCUUUUCUCGCAGGAGCUCGCCCUUCUCGUCUCCGCCCUAGAAGAAGCCCGCCUGCAGGACGCAGAAAAAGCUGCCCGGAAACUCGACAUAAUAUAUAAAGUAUCCACAGACGGAUUCGAACCCGUGAACAUAAAUCUCUCCAAGAGCCUGCACGAAAUAAUGUACUCGCUUCUUUCCGAGACGGAGGAGAAGGAGCUCCUGAUACGGGAGUGCAGGGAAACUGUCGAAAACAAAAAUAUGCACAAUAUCAGCGAGAUAUUAAAGUACAGCAAAAACCUAGCAGAAGUAAAGUGUCCCCUUCUCUGGAGCGAAGAUAUGCCUUUAGACAGAAUCCCCGCAUAUCCCACGGACUCUCUCGUGCAGCACUCCCUUCUCCGGGGAAAGCAGAUCCACGAAGAGAAAAAAUAA